AUGUCAAAUGAAGAGAUCCCGAGAGGUGAGGCUGCCCUCCUGCAAAAGGCGCGCGAAAAAUUCCUCGCCACUUUCGGACGUCAACCAACCGCUGCAGCAGGCGCCCCAGGACGACUUAAUCUCAUUGGGGAUCACAUCGACUACUGUGAAGGAUUCGUCUUACCUGCUGCGUUACCGUUCCUGACACUUGUAGUUGGCGCUUCAAACAACUCCACAGAAUGUAAUGUGGUUUCUGUCCUGUCAUCUGGCGAGGUGGUCAGCGCAAGUUUUCCUGCCCCUACAACCUCCACCGCUCUGAAGCCUGGUCCACCAGCCUGGACGAAUUAUGUCAAGGGUGUGGUAGCUAAUUUUCCUGGUGAAGUGCCGGGUUUCGAUGCUGUCAUUGUGACUGAUGUGCCUAUGGGGUCUGGCUUGUCGAGUAGCGCUGCUGUCGAGGUCUCUGUGUUCUCGUUCCUUGAAGCGUUGACUGGUACUAAAGUUGGACUGGUUGAAAAAGCGAAAUUAUGUCAGAAAGCUGAACACGAGUUCCCCGGGAUGCCUUGUGGCAUCAUGGACCAGUACAUCGUGACCAUGGGAAAAAAGGACCAUGCCCUACUCAUUGAUUGUAGAUCUUUGGAAGCUGAACAAAUUCCAUUGGACUUGGGCGACCUAGCGAUUCUGGUGACAAAUUCAAAUGUCAAACAUCAGUUGACUGGUAGUGAAUAUCCUCAGAGGAGAGCACAGUGUCAAGAAGCAGCAGACCGGCUUGGUCUACCAUCACUUAGAGGAGCCAGAAUCGAGGAUUUAGAAAAACUAAAAGCACAAAAUUGUGAUGAUCUGGUAUUGAAGAGGGCGAGGCACGUGAUAGAAGAAACUCGUAUGACAGUUGAGGCCACCAAAGCAAUGAAGGAAAAAGAUUUUAGAAGGGUUGGUGAACUUUUCUACCAAUCUCACGAAUCGUUGAGUCAUCUCAUGGAGGUGUCUUGUCCAGAGUUGGACCAGAUCGUGGAUAUUAUGAGAGGCGUUCCAGGAGUGCUUGGCGCAAGAAUGACUGGUGGUGGUUUCGGUGGCUGUGUUGUUACGUUGGUAAAGAAAAGCGACUUGGACGAUGUGAAGCAGCACGUCUUAUCACAGUACAAAGGAAAGCCGACCUUCUUCGUCUGUCAGCCAAGCGACGGCGCUCGCAUUCUCAAACUCUGA